AGCUACCACCGUCAUGAGUACUCCAAUUAUGAAGCCGUUCUUCUUUUGGACCUCAGCGGUCGCCGUCGCCCUCGUCUCCAUUCUCCUCCACCUCAACCACGUUCUCCCUCACGGUCUACUGGUACUUCCUAGCGCCAACACCGCCAGCAAUGCGCUGAGCCCGUCACUCCUAUGGCGGAGCGGCCGCCACCGGCAUCGAAGUCACCACCGGAGGCGGCGGAAGACAGGGUGGUGUGAUAGUUCCAGGUGGGCGUCGCCAAUCGCUUCCGAGCAGAACGUGACGCUGGUGCUCACCGUGGAUCAGCGGGGGUGUGCAGAUUUCAGCAGCGUGCAGGCGGCGGUUGACGCCGUGCCGGAGUUUAGCAUGAGCCGGACGCUUAUCAUCGUCGACUCCGGCAUCUACCGGGAGAAAGUGGUGGUGUGGGCGAACAAGACGAACAUCACCAUGCAAGGCAAAGGCUACUUGAACACGGCCAUUUCAUGGAACGACACUGCCAAUUCCACCGGCGGAACGAUUUACAGCGCCUCUGUUUCGAUCUUCGCUUUCAAUUUCAUCGCCUACGACAUCAGUUUUCAGAAUGCUGCUCCUCCGGCACUGCCGGGAGACGUCGGAGCGCAAGCGGUGGCGCUCAGGAUCGCCGGAGACCAGGCGGCGUUCUACGGCUGCGGGUUCUACGGCGCGCAAGACACGCUGCUCGAUGAGCGCGGCAGACAUUACUUUCGAGGCUGCUUCAUCGAAGGCUCGAUCGACUUCAUUUUCGGCAACGCCAAAUCCUUGUACGAGGACUGCACGAUCAAUUCCAUCGCGAAGCAAGCGCCGGCCGACGAGGGAGGGAUCACGGGAUGCAUAACGGCGCAGGGGAGGGCGUCGAUGGAGGAGGACACAGGGUUCUCGUUCGUGAACUGCAGCGUGGAGGGCAGCGGCAGGAUCUGGCUGGGGCGCGCUUGGGGAGCUUACUCCACCGCCGUCUUCUCCCGGACGUACCUGCCCGGCAUCGUAGCUCCGGAAGGGUGGAACGACUGGAACGACCCGUCGAGAGACCAGUGGGUGUACUUCGGGGAGUACGAGUGCACGGGACCAGGCGCCGGCUCCGCGAUGAGGGCGGCGUAUGCGAAGCAGCUGGGGCGAUGCGAGGCUGCUCGGUUCAUGGGCGCGUCGUACAUCAACGGCGAGGAGUGGGUGCUGCCGCCGCAGUCAGGCGGAUGGAAUGACCCGUGCGCAGCUUCGAUGGCUGGAGAUCAAAUUGAGGAAAUGUGAGCGAAGAUGACGGUGAAGGGGCAUU